AUGAUACUAGUUACAGAACGCGGCUUUUCUGUGGGUAUUAGUCAGUUCUCAAGAUUUCUUGCCAUGGCAGGCAAAUAUGAAUAUUUGAGGCACUGUUUAUGUGGCAUUAGCGCGGCCCACUUAAGAACAGCAACGAAGUCAUCUCAUAUAGUCCCGCUGGAGGGUCACUAUCGGGCACUUGCAAUUCAUGGAAUGGUUGAAGAAAUGCAAAAUUUAAGUCAUCAAAGCUGUGAGUAUCGAGAAGAAAUCUCACAGGGCCUCAUCGCAUCGUCUAUAUUGAUGGCGUGGUAUAGCCCUAACCCGUAA